AUGGGCCAAAGUUCAAGUUCGAGCCAGGAGAACAGCACCACUGAGUUGGACUACUAUACUUUGCUUGAAGUCGAGGAGACUGCAGAUCAAGACGAAAUAAAGCGGGCUUUUCGAAGACUUGCGUUAAUCCACCAUCCAGACAAGAAUCAAUCCGAUGUUGAAGGCGCCACAAAGCGCUUUGCCGCUUUACAACAAGCGUACGAAGUAUUGAGCGAUCCCCAAGAACGGGCAUGGUACGACUCACACAAAGGCUCGCUCGCGCCUGAACCUGAUGAUGAAACUGUGUUCCAAGACAUUCAGAAGGGCACAGCGCCAUCUCGCGCUCAUAGCCCUGGUAUCAAUGUUCGCCAACUUUCCCGCUAUUUUGAUCCUUCCAUCUGGUCUGGUUUCGGUGACGACGAAAGAGAUUUCUUCACCAUCUAUCGCAACCUGUUUUCACGGUUGCAAGCAGAGGAAGCCUUGAUAGAAGACAUUCAGUACCCUUCCUUUGGAGACUCCAUGUGGAAGUGGGCGCCAGACACCAAAGCGUCGGAUGAUGGCAAUGCACGAGCAUUUUACGCUGCUUGGAUGAAUUUUGCGACUGUCAAGGAAUUCGCCUGGCUGGACAAAUAUAAUAUUUCUGAAGCCCCCGAUCGUAGGAUUCGAAGGUUGAUGGAAAAAGACAACAAGAAGGCGCGGGACGAUGGUCGAAGAGAAUAUAAUGACACCAUAAGGUCUCUGGCUAGAUUUCUGCGCAAACGCGAUCCGCGAUACAAAGUGUAUGCAGACCAAGUCACGCAACCGCCGCUCACGUCAACGCAAUCCAAGAAACCGGUCGCUCCACUAAACGAAUAUGUUGAGCAAGACUGGCAGAAAAUAGACAACCAGCGACAAUACGAUGAUAUCGAAUGGGCAGCGGCCGAAGGCGAGGAUCCUGAAGAAUGGGAGUGUGUCGUGUGUCGCAAAUCGUUCUGGAGUGAGGCUGCCUGGGACAGUCACGAGCGGAGCAAAAAGCAUCUCAAAGAGGUGGAGAGACUGAAGCGGGAGAUGUUGGAAGAUGACGAAGAAUUUGGGCUGGGCAGCACUGAGACGGGAGCAGUUCUAACGGGCCCUCCCGAAGAAGCUAUAGUGCAGCCACCAAACGACUCAGAGUCCACAUUUCAAGAUUAUUCUCCGGAAGUGGAAGUCGAACCCGCCAAUGUAAAGCAACAAGGAAAGAAGAAGAAAAAAACCAAGUCAGAUGCGCCUGAUACUGUGGUCCCUUUGACUAAAACGGAGAAAAUGGCUCAAAAUCUAACCCAAAGUCAACCGGAAGCUCACCAGGGUCCGGCUGUACCAACGAAGCGCGAGCUCAGAAGAGCUCGACAAGCGAAAAAGGACGAAGAUGCUGCGGCCGCUUCCAAACAGAUCCAAUGUCAUGUCUGCAAAACAGUAUUUCCGAGCAAAAGCGCCCUUUUUACGCACAUUAGAGAGAGCGGACAUGCUCUGGCAGAUGAAACACCCCAGAAAGGGGGUAAGAAGACUCGUCGAUAG